UGUGGGCAGACAGAGGAAACAAGCUCCGCGAAUGAAUUGCUUCCAUUUUAAAUCUCUACUUGAUUUCAAACCUCCAACAAAAUAGUCCAUGGAGAAGUUUUCUCAUGCGCAUCUCUAAGUGUCAGUGUGCAAAUCACGUGCAUCGGAUCAGUUUACGCACAGGGAAUUCACUUUAACCAUAGUUUGGAUGUGGAGCAGUAUUGGUGUCUCUUUGCGUUUCGCGGCCGUGACUGUCUCUGAUGGACGUGCUGUUUUGGCUGGACGAUGAGGCUCUCCUGCAGUUUUUCCACCGACAUAAAACGGAAAUGUCCUGCAUGGAGGACCCGCACAUCUUUCUCAACCAGCUCCGGGACCACGACCUGGUGCUGGAGGACACGUACAAGGUGGUGAGCCACAUGAGGAGUAAAAAUAACAUACAGAAAGGUCUUUACAAGAUUCUGGACUAUUUGGAGAGGAAGCAACGACAGGACAUCAGAACGUUCUGGAGCUGCGUCUUCACGGAAACCAUGUUGAACAAGUACCCCAACCUGCGACUGCUGAGAAACCGCCUCAAGGACGGGCCAUUUGAAUUUGAAGUACAGGGGUCUGAGAAUUCAAAAACAGAGGAGGCAGAUAAAGGGAAAAGGAAGAAUGUUUCAGAAGAUGAAGAGGAAGAGGGAAAGCAAAAGAGCUCUGUUAAAAAGAAGAGAAAACUGAGAAAUAGGGACGAAGAGGAGGAUCAGCCCGGUCCAUCAUCUCGGGUGACUCCGAGGAAAAGUUCUAAGAAAUUACACUUCUCCUCUCCCCUGAAGAAGGGAGAGAAGAACGACAUUUGGACCUGGGCCCUUUAUAAGUCGCAGCUGCCGGUGACCUGUGGAGGCAAAGAGGGGAUUCUGAGCAGACGAAGACUGGCUAAUGGGGAGAAGUGCAUCGUUGUUGGGAGAGAGUGGUUUUCUCCCAGUGAAUUUGAGAAGUUUGCAGGCAGGGAAAGAUCCAGGAACUGGAAGUCCAGCAUUCGAUGUAGGGACACCACUCUGGGAAAACUUAUACAGGCGGGUCACCUGGAAGCAGCAAAGUACAAAGGAGGGUGUAAAAAGAAAUGCCUGUUCCCGUCUGAGGAUGAAAACACAGUGUCUGAGGAACAAGAAGAUGAUGAAGACGAGGACUCAGACGAAGAAAGUUCCAGAGAUAUUACAGCUGAAGAAGGAGAGACAGAGGAAGAGAUCGAGGAAGAGACAGAGGCCAGCACUGACAGUAGCAGGAAGGUUUUCAAAGUCACAUGUGGACCUUUAGUUGGGACCUUACACGAAAGACGAUUUGCAUCAGGGAUCUUAGGGAAGAGUAUUCGUACUGACACCGGAUGGAUGACCCCAAAAACGUUCAUGCUGGAGGCAUGUCCAACAUAUUUGUACUGGAAGAAAGAAAUCAAGUGUGAAGGGAAACCACUCUGUGAUCUCAUAAUGGCAAAGCUCUUACUGAUCCACGCAGUGCGAUGUGAUUGCAGACUGUGCAAACCAGGAAGUGAGGAUCUGGAUGAUGAGAAAAACGAUGAUGAGUGUUUCAUCUGUAAAACUAAGGAGGGAGAGGAAGGAGAGUUUAUGGAUUUGGUGGAGUGUGAUUUCUGCCCUCGAUCCUUCCAUAAGAAAUGCCACCUUCCUCAUAUAGAAGACAACAUUAUAGGCGAUAGAAACGAAUGGAUGUGUACGUUCUGUGUGUACAAGGCCAAUAAACGCCUUUUCAACCGAAGGAUGGAAAGACAAGCAGCCUUGUCUCGCCAAAUAUCACAACGACUGCUGCAUUGCCAAUACCUCCUUCUGUGUCUGCGCGGUGCUGAUGAGGAUCACAUAUUUGCAUACAACCCACGUGAUAGUCAGUUGGACCGCUUCUUGUCUUUGAUCAGCAAGCCGAUGUCCAAUGUGUCAGACAAACUCCAGAAGAAGCUCUACCAGACUGUGGGAGACUUUGUGACCGACGUCCAGCUCAUUUUCUCCAACUGUGCUUCAUACUACCAAGGCAAUGCUGGAUACCUUGCCAGUGGAAACAGACUGGAGGAGUUAUUUAACGAGGAAUUUAAUAGUGUGUUCAACAUCACUGAGCAAGCUGUUGGCUGAAAAACAGAGUUCCUUUUUUUAAUGGAUACUGGGAAAAGGUUAAAAACAUAUGUAAACAACGCUGUGGUGCAUAUCUUUUGGAUAUAUCCCUUGUAUGUGGAUAAAAAACAAGGAGGAGAAAAUGGACCCUUACUUGAUUUAAGUCAGGGAAAACGUAUCACAUUCCCCUAGCGUGCUUUUUAAAUAAUAUUGAAUUUCAAAGUGUAAACUUACGGAUUUACUGGCGAUGGACAGAAGGUCAUGUCACUUGAGUCAGCGUUGCCUUCUUUGUAUAUACAAAUCCCAUACCUCUGCUUGUGUUAUGCUAGUAGCAGCUAAUUGUGUAGCCUCGAGCAGCUACUAGCAUAAUCUCCGACCUUAUGUUGUGUUCCAGUCAAAGUCGAAGGUAAGAAACUUUUCCGGUUAAAGUUUGUAAGUUCCUACGUUUUUUCAGCUGCAGUAUGCAUUUACUGUUUUAACCAAAUAACUUGUAUACAGUCCAGAUGACUUUCAAAGAUUGUUCACAUUAACCAGCUACCUUGUUUCAUUGGUGACCUACUCUGACAUUCAUUUACUAUGAGAUAGUACGAUUUUUUAUCAUUGACUACAGGUAAAUGUAUUAUAUUAUUAGCUUUUAGGACAAUCAUUUUUGAGCUUUUUAAAUAUUACCCUCUGUAAUAAAGUCACCAGGUUGUUCAGUUCAAGGAAGACACAUGUGUGAAGGUGUGUAUCUUCCCGUAUUUAGCCUCUCGCGAACGCUUUAAUUGGUCUGCCUAUAGCCGCAACAUAGCCGAAACACAUAGACCCCAAAUCUGGCUCCUACACUCAUGAAGAGGUAAAGUGUUGUACAUCACUAUCUUUUCUUGUGUUUUGAAUAUGCAUGAUUUUAUAGAGCGCCACAGGGAUGACGCAUUUUUUGUAGGCCAACCCGGAAGUAAGCUGCGCAUGGGUUCCCUCGACAAAAAAGCAAUGCAAUUUCUCCAGAGGAUUUUUGAAUAUUGUAAAAAAAAAUAAGAUCUGUGGGAAACGAACCUGUUUGAUAAAUGCACGUUUUGUUCAGACGGAUAAUCUCCACAUGUUUACCCGAAUUUUAUAAUUUUCGAAUCAUAAAUCUAAUCGCCAGAAGCAAAAUGCUAACGUUAUGCUAUAAACGAACUACAGAGGAGUGCAGCAGGGUCGCAGGACUUCAACGUCACGCGAACUUAAGAUCGUUUCAACUGACUUUCGGGCGCCUGCAUAUUUUUAACAAAGCUUUUCCUUUUAGCCACACUGAGUUUAACUAUACGUGUUUCAAGCAGAACAGCGGCAAACAAACUGAGCAGGAGUGUUUAGGUGUUCGGCGUAAUGACGUACAACGUGCUCGACAACUUCUGUAGUCCUAUUCAGCUACUUGUUAACAACCAUCGUUUUUCACUGCUGAUGUAUUUAAUGUCGUAGAACAAAACGUGACAUGUCUCUUUAAAAUUGCGUCAACCACAGACCUUAUUUCGAGCUAUUUUCAAAAUCCUAUGGAGAAAUCCCAUUGACUCUGAGAAUAGAGAUGGGUCGUUCGUGAACGAAUCAGUUCGAACAAACGACUCUUUGAAACGAACGAACUGACCUGAUUCGUCGAUUCACCUUCCUCUCGUUCGUUCGUUCGUUCGUUCGUUCGUUCUCCAACGGACUAGUCGCUGUGCCAAUCGUAUGCUGUUGUCUGUUGAGUCUAGGACGCCCUCGUUGAAUUUUAGCCAACGAAAGACAGGAAUGCUUCUCGUUUAUUCCUCUCUAGUCGCUCAUCAGUCAUCAAUCAGUCGUUUCAUCAAUAUAAUCUUUCUGCCAAGCUUUUAAAUGUUUGUCGGCAUAUUGAGUCGUUAUUUCUUUAGUAGCUCUUGCUGAGAGAGAAUUUUAAAAAAGUAAGACAAUAAAUCCGCGGAUCAGUCUAGUCUACUCUGCUAGUAUUUAUUUACCUUCAAUAAAUGUCAAGGUGAAUAUACACAUUAGCCACUGUUGUGUUGUCUAAAAGUACACAUAAUCAUGAAGUUGCAGCUAUGUAUUUGCCUUGAACUACGGUGUUGUGUUGACUGUUUCCACGAUCGUUUGCGAACGAGGAGCUGAGAACCGUGCAUUCCAUGAUUCCCCGCUGAAUGACGUUGUACCGGAAACGCGACUGAACGAACGAACGAUUCUGAACGAUUCUUCUUGGCGAACUGAAUCCCGGAAAAGAAUCAUGAAAUCCAUCUCUAUCUGAGACGAGGGAACCGGAAGUUUUAAAUGCUAACUCACUUCCGGGUUUUAGGACUCGUUCCGGCGGCACUCUACUGUAACAAAGUUUAACUCAAAACAUUUUUUAAAAGAAUAAUCAUGUUGGGAUAAGAUGGUUUGAAAAUGAAUGAAUUAUUAAUGUAUGUUUUGUAAAAUAUUUCAACUUUGUAUUAAUUUGCAAAUAAAGUAUUUAUUCGUGUAAA